CUUCCGGAAGCUGCCGUCACGUGACCGCCGGCGCUUCCGACGAAGACUCCGGAUUUGUUAAAGGGACCGCAACGGGAGAAAUGUGGGGUCCGGAAUUGGGGUGAAAAAGCGGAUUUUCAGCCAAUCCUCCCGCCAUGAUCUCCCAGCUCUUCAUCCUGUCCUCCAAGGGCGACCGCCUGGUGUACAGGAACUUCCGCGGGGACGGCGGCGAUGACGUCACGGACGCUUUUUACCGCGCUGUCACCUCCCUGCCCGGGGACCGAGCGCCCGUCUUCAUGGCACGGGAGGGGCGGCACUUUGUCCACGUGAGGCACGGGGGGCUCUACGUGGGGGUCACCACCACGGCCGACGCUUCGCCCUUCGUCCUCGUGGAGUUCCUGAACAGGUUGGUGACGCUGCUGCGGGAGCACUGCGGGACUCUGAGCGAGAAGAGCGUCGGCGUCAACGUGGCCCUCGUGCACGAACUGCUGGGAGAGAUGGUGGACUUCGGAUACAUUCAGACCACCGCCACCGAAGUGCUGCGCAGUGCGACCCACGGAGAACCCGAGACCACCAAAGCCUUCAGCCUGCUGGACCUCCGCUCCGUGGGGCUGUUCGGCGCUGAGACACAGCAGAGCAAAGUGGCGCCCGGCUCCAUCACCAACCGCCCGGUGCUGCCCCCCAGGGGCGAGCAGCCCGCUCGCAGUGAGCUCUUCGUGGACGUGGUGGAGCGCCUGACGGUCGUCAUUGCUGCCAAUGGGACGCCCCUGAAGGUGGACGUGCAGGGGGAGAUCCGGCUGAAGAGCUUCGUGCCUGGGGGCUGCGAGCUGCGCAUGGGGCUGACAGAGGAGCUGAGUGUGGGCACGGAGGAGCAGCGUGGCUAUGGCCGCCUCCCCCUGGCUGCCGUCGCCUUCCACAGCUCCGUGGACCUGGAGGAGUUCGAGCAGGAGCGAGUCCUGCGGGUGACCCCGGGCCCGGGGGAGGUGACCCUGAUGCGCUACCAGCUGGCUGAGGACGUUCCUGUGCCGCUGCCCUUCCGCCUCCUGCCCAGCGUGGAGUGGGACCCGGUGGGGAGGCUCCGCAUUCACCUGAAGCUGCGCUGCGAUCUGCCCCCAAAACAGUGGGUGAUUUUGGGGGUGGGGGGGCAGUGAUAGGGGUGACCCUAAAGGGGCGACCCUAAAGGAGUGACCCCAAACUGUGCUCCCCCGAC